AUGUCGUCUAUAAAAGAGUUAGUUGCCAUAGGAACUGAAAUGAAACUUGAGGGUGAGGCACUCGCGAAGUUCGUACGUGAAGAGCAAGCCCGAGAACGCGAUGAGCGUGAACGUGAACAGGAGGAACGCCAACGUGAACGUGAACGCGAUGACAAACUUCAGGAGGCAGCCCGAUUGCAUGAGCUCGAGCUUAUUAAAGAAAAACGCGAAAGUGUUGAGAAGGAGGUGAGAUUUCAACUUGAAUUGGAGAAAGACCGCGAGGAACGUGCAAUUCGUGAUCAUCAACGGAAGCUUGAGCUGUUAGCAGUUGAGAAAAAGCCAAGUACUUCCGAUUUGGAGGGUAACGCGAAACCGUCGGUGCGUGGUCCCAAGCUCCCACCGUUUGAGCAGGAUAAGGACAAUAUAGACUCUUACAUUAGACGGUUUGAGCAGUAUGCGUCGGCACAAAAAUGGGAAAAAAGUAACUGGGCGACCAACUUAGGGGCGUUACUUAAAGGGCGAGCCCUUGAUGUGUAUACAAGGUUACCUGUGGAACAGUCGUUCGACUUUGAUAUACUGAAGACGGCACUGCUAAAACGUUUCGAAAUGACGGAGGAAGGCUAUAGGAAUAGGUUCCAUACAUGUAGGCCGGAGUCAGGUGAAAGUUUUACUCAGUUUGGCGUGCGACUCGACAGUUACAUAGAACGAUGGCGAGAAAUGUCUAACACGGCUAAGAUUUAUGAGGGUCUUAAAGACCUAAUUGUGCGCGAUCAAUUUCUGCAAUCAUUUGCACCAGAGCUUGUGUUAUGGCUAAAGGAACGUUCUACCAAAUUACUAGGUGAAAUAGCUAAAUUUGCUGACCAAUAUUCCGAAGCGAGGGGUAAUAAAGGCAGUCUUGUUAAGCAUAAGAACGCGGGAAAGAAUCCUUCUCAUGGUCCUAAGCGGGAGCAGUCCGACACACCGGAGUCAUCGUCCUCUGCUAACGCAAAUGUCAAGGACAAGGAAAAGAAGAAGCCUCGACAAUGUUUUAUCUGCAGAAGUACCGAUCACAUUGCGUACAACUGUCCUAAGAAAUCGGGCACAAAUCGUGUUUCCAUGGUAACCGGAACAGAUCAACACCGCCAUAGAGCUAGAAACCGGAAAAAGAAACCAGACACUUUGGAGUACGAUGAGGUGGUCGUCGAUAGGGAAAUGUCGGAUGAAGUACAUAAGACAGACCAAUCACAGGGUAGGAUGCCGGUGGUUGAAGGGCUGGUUGGCAGGCAAGUAGUGACGGUUUUAAGAGACACGGGGUGUAGUGGGGUGGUGCUUAAGCAAAGCUUGGCAACACAGGACCAGUUAACUGGUGAUACUAAGACUUGUACAUUGGCUGAUGGAAGUCUUCUUCAAGUACCUAUUGCUAAGGUAAUGGUAGACACGCCUUAUUAUGUUGGUUCUGUAGACGCCUGGUGUAUGCAGAAUUCAAUCUACGAGCUCAUUUUGGGAAAUAUCGAAGGCGCAAGAGCCCCAGAUGAUCCUUACUUAGGAUGGAAUUAUGGUGAGGAACUUGUAGUGGCAGUCAAGACAAGAGUGCAGAUUUAA